UUGAGUUCCAGUCCUGACUUCCUUUGGUGAUGAACAGCAGUGUGGAAGUGUCAUGCCACUGCUGCUGCUAACCCGACUGUAACUGGACUGCAGGUGUAUCCGUGAAGUGUUUGCGAAUGAAUCGGACUGCUGUUGCUAAGCUGUGAACUAAACUGCCGAUUUCCAGACAACACAGCUACCCAUUAGCUCAUGGAUGGAAGAUAAGUUCCUGCAACCCUUUGGCUUUUCACUGUGGCCUUCCUCUGCUCCUGAGGAGUGGGGCUGCCUGUGAAGGAUGUGAAGGGUGUGAAUGGGAACAGCUGAAUGGAUUGCCAGAACGAAGCUGAGCCAUGGCCUGAGAUGACCCCGAAGGGUCAGGACGCUUCCUUCAGCUGGCAGGUCCAUGAAAUGAGGUUGUUCAGUGUCAAAUAGAGUUUUAGCUUUGUGGAACUGUGAGCCUGCUAUCAGACACGUUUCCCAGGAAGCUGCCUGGCUUUGGAACUGCUAAGCAAACAAGACUGAGGAGAAACACAUGAGGAGGAGGAGGAGGAGGAGGAAGAAGAGAAGAAGGAAGAGAAGGAGGAGGAGGAGGAGAAGGAGGAGAAAGAGGAGGAGGAGGAGGAGGAGGAGGAGGAGGAGAAGGAGAAGGAGGAGGAGGAGAAGGAGAGGGAGAAGAAGAAAGAAGGAAGUAAAGCAUGCUUUGAACCAGAUUCAGCCAACUGUAAACUUGCACAGAGGCCACCGCACGUGCAGGCACUACAAGGAUGCCCACUCAGCAAGACUGUUCAACCUCCGACUGACAUCACUCCUGUUAUUAAUCAUCGUGGCCGACACGUAUUGCUUCAAAAUAUCUGAUGCAAUCUUCCUUGGUCUUAUCUUUAAAAGCUCUCCUGUAGAGACUCACCUGGAGUUUUGCUAUCAGCUGACGUCACUCUGCCAAUCCGCCAAAGUCCGCAGAAGCGGCAAGAAGCCGCCAGAGCGCUACCAGAAGUGUUUGAUGUCUUUCUCUCUGUGGAGUCCCAACAAAUGGAGCUCCACUACGCAAUGGCUCCCUACCAGGAGUCAGGCUGGGGACGGGGCUAUGGAGGCGGAGACUCGGAGUCAAAGCUCAGCAGCAAGAGUUCCUCCUUCUGAUCUGGAGCUUCAGAUACUAUCUGGGAGCAGCCUGUUCUCAUCCCAAGGAGGAUCAAAGAGACUAUGGAGGGCUCCCUUACAGUCCACUUUCCUCACAGGGCCCAUGCUGGAUCUCAGAGCAUUAGGUACAGUAUAGACCCACGCAUGGUUGAGUCGCUUCUUGCUUACCCUCAAAGUCUCCUUGGUUGGGAGUGAGGGAAGCAACAUGAGGUUCUGGGCCUGUCUGGGCCCUGGAAUACCAUCUGGGAAUAUGGCAA